AUGUCUUACAACAAACCAGAGAAGGGCGAGUUCGGGGAAGGGCCCAAGACUCACCGCAUUCGUAUCACUCUUACCUCGUGCAAGGUUAAGUCUUUGGAGAAAGGUAUUUGGGCUUUUGGGGGAAGAAGAACAUUCAUCUUUCGAAUGAGUGUACACUGACUUUUCUCUUUUCCUCCCUGACUUGCAGUUACGGCGGACUUGAUCGAGCGUGCUAAAACAAAGAACCUUCGCGUUAAGGGCCCCGUCAGGCUCCCCACUAAGGUCCUCAAAGUCACCACGCGCAAGACGCCUUGUGGUGAGGGUUCCAAGACUUGGGAUUGCUUCGAGAUGAGGAUUCAUAAACGCUUGAUUGAGUAUGCUGCUAUCACCUACCUCCUUUAUUUAUUUGUUUAUUUAUUUUAUUUUUCUUUGACUUUUGGAGGGGAUUUUGGUGGAGCUAAUUGCUGGCGGGGAAUUAUAGCUUGAACGCGCCUACCGAAGUCGUCAAGCAGAUCAUCAUCAAUAUCGAGGCGGGUGUCGAGGUGGAAGUUACUAUUGCGGCUUGA